AUGUCUUCAUCAUCGUCAACCCACAGCCCUGGCUCUGGCGACAAACCAGACGAGCACUUCAAAGUCUCUCGCUCAGAGCGGAUGUACUCUCUCGCAAUACCAAAAGACCCACAGCACACUGUGAUGAAUCUACCAAACAUCUCAAUCAGUAAUACAGACGGCGAUAAGAUAAACCAAUUAACAGAACCUGGAGAAGCUGCUCAGAGAGCUCGGUAUGAGGGCCUAAGGUAUUUGAUCGACAUGACAGGAGGAAGUUACGAGUAUGCAGGAUUAGGGCUGACGGAAAAAUUCCCUGGUAGUGUUGCACGCGCACGAGCUCAAGCAGAGCGUCGACUACAAGAGAGCAAGAAACAGCAGGUCUAUACUACUCCGCCUACAAAUUUCACGCCGAAAUAUACCGGCAGGUCGCUGGUCACAAUGGAGAAGACUCUUCGAGAUCGCUACAACGGGCCUGUUACCUCCGCGCUUGACAACGAGUCCAUCACUUCCGCGUACCCCAGUAGUGGCAAAGCAGCAGUCCCGAAUGCAAUCGCCUCAUCCAACGACAACAAAGAGGCACCAAAACCUGACGGCAAAUGGCGCUGUUGCAAGUGUCACCGCGGUUACGAGAUCUACAGCUUCGCAAAAGGCCAGCAUCCAGUCAGUGUCCUGAGCUGCGAAUGCACACAUCGAUCUUGUUCCAAGUGCACAUUAGAGGGUCUGGUUAAGCACUUCGUACCGAUGAGCGAGCCGGAGUUGAUCCCUUUGUCUGAAGAUAAGGACAAGGUUAUACGGUUCGGUGUAUUCUGCGAAGGCUGUGGUUUAUCCUGGCGCGCAGAGAAGGUCCAAGACGAGGUCAAGAAAAAGCCGGCGUACAAGUCAGCCCUACUACGUGUUUCUGCAGUUCCUAGGCGACUAACGAUGCGCGGUGGCGUACACCCUCUGGAGCGCCUCCGACUUAGUCGGUCGAUGAACAACCUGCACGAUGAUACAGAGAGGCAACCUUCUGCUGUAUCAAUAGCCUCUUCCAGGUCCGUCCUCAGCCUCCGGUCCCUGUCGAGCGAUAUGAAGAGAGGGCAUGGAGAGCAGGCCGAGUCUGUUUCUGUCAAGUUCACGGGCAUCAAGUGUACUUGCGGCAUGACUACUGAAACUUCUUCGCUCUGUUUCCAGACCGUAGAUCCGCCAAAAGACUUCCGCAAGGUACAGUUUGCAAAGCAAGUGGUUGCGCGCAACGUCGCUAGGUUUGGCAGUACACCGGAAGAUAGAGCGAGGGGACAUGGUACACCUACCUUGACGUUGAAGGGAAGCCGCCACCCGAAUCCCCUCAGGAGCAACCCUGUGGAGUAA